AUGUAUUUCAUCAACCAGAAAAAUAACAGAAUGUACCAAUUUACUACGACAGUUAUAUUUUAUACUACAGGUUUCAGACCAUCCUAUGAGUUUACCGAAGAAGCUACUAGAGAAUCUGAUUACCUCAGUUGGGUUGAUGAAUGAAAGAAAUCUAAAACAAUGUUUAAUUUGUCAGAGAAUAGUAAAAGAAGUUAUGCCCCUUGACGCUGAGAAUAUGUCUGAGUUAUUACAACCUGAAUCAGGCAGUUCCGUUACUAAAAAUCUCUUUCCUCUUUACAUAGCUCAGGGUAAAAGAUAUGGUUGUAUUAAAUCAGUUCUAUCUUCAGCAAUGAGAUGGCUGGGUAAUCAAGACUUAGAUUUUGAAAGUCAGCGACAAAGUUUUGUAUUUUUAGUAGCUGUGUCUAUUUUACAUACUAGUUCUCUGAAUACAGAAUAUAUAGAAACUACAAGUUCUAAGAUAUCACAAUGGUUAUUAAAUGCUAGUAUACAACAAGCACCCAAUCCCUAUACUAUUAAUCCAUUCCGGAAAGAUCAAACUAAUAUAGUCAACGAAAUAGAUGGUACACCAAGUCAGAACUUCUUUACUUUUUUAAAUAUAGGCCAAUAUUACACUGAAGAUCAGUUUCUGAAUAUCCACUCAUUCUCCAUGUUAUAUAAAUGGCUGUAUCAUUGUCACAAACAACUGACAUCUGACACUACUGUCACUAACAAUGGCAGUGACAUGUCACCAACUGACAGAUGUAAACAAGUGUUUGGUAAUCUGGCCAGUAAAACAGUGGAAUAUUGUUUUAGAUUACUUGACCAAUGUGAAAGAACCUUCCCUGUUAUUAUACAGUUAUUACAGUUCUUUAUCAAUCACACCUUCCCUGUUAUUAUACAGAUAUUACAGUUCUUUAUCAAUCACAAUAUUACAGUUCUUUAUCAAUCACAAUAUUACAGUUCUUUAUCAAUCACAGUAAGUAUAUACAAUGUUACAGCCUUCCCUGUUAUUAUACAGAUAUUACAGUUCUUUAUCAAUCACACCUUCCCUGUUAUUAUACAGAUAUUACAGUUCUUUAUCAAUCACAAUAUUACAGUUCUUUAUCAAUCACAGAAAGUAUAUACAAUGUUACAGUCUUCCCUGUUAUUAUAUAGAUAUUACAGUUCUUUAUCAAUCACAGAAAGUAUAUACAAUGUUACAGCCUUCCCUGUUAUUAUACAGAUAUUACAGUUCUUUAUCAAUCACAAAAAACGAAAAAUAGGACUUUACAUAUUGAGUAAGAUUCAUGGCCAUAUCCCAGUUGUGAACUUGGUAGGUAGUGCAGUGGUCCAUGAUCCACAAGAAACGUAUCAACAUGUGUUUACAGAGAUAUUAUCCCAGCAUUAUACAGAUCAAGGCUUAAUGUUUGAUAUAGUUAAUUUUAUUAUGGAUAAUCUAGAUACGUUAUGUUAUAAAACAUCUAUUUUAUCAACAUACUUCCCUAAUAUUUUCAAG